AUGCUCCUUCCUUUGAACUUGCUGCGCAAACUACAAGUUUCGCCUCAUCAAAAGUUUGGACUCGCCGUCAUUUUCUCGCUCGGUACCAUCAUCAUCGCUUUCGCUUUCGCACGGCUUGCGCAAGUCACCAAGGCCACUUCCAACCCCGAUCCGACUACACUUGCUGAUGGCCCGGUACUACUCAGCAUGUGGAGCCACAUCGAGUCAUCUGUCUCCGUAAUAGUAGCUACGCUACCCGCAUUCAGGUACCUGCUUAACGGGAAGAUGGGGCGAACGCGACCCGGUCCGUCUGCACCGCCAGUAUAUGGUUCAGCGGAACCAGCUGCGUCGGGUCCGCAAGGUAAAGUACGUCGUGUGUUCAGUGGAAAUAGAUGGAGUCACAACACUGGUCUGAGAUUACCAAGCAGUGAGCAAGGCAGGAAAGCAAGCAACGACUGGGGCAGUGAGACGGAAUUGAGGCCAAUGGCUCGUAUCGAAAAACAAGUUGACUUUACUGUCGAGAGAGAGUUGGUGAGCUCGCAGAAAUAG